CGACAAUAGUAGCGCGUGCGGCUGUGGGUAGAGUCCCGUGUUACAUCACCGCAUGCAAUAAAACCCCACGGCGGAGUGCAGAACCCCGGACUCAUAUACACACACUCACACACACAUAUACACACAUUCACACUGUGCAACUGAGUCAACUAUACUUUACCAAAGGGACCACAACAGGACCAAACAUGGAGAUAUACAGCAAAGACAUUAAGAAGCCCAAGCCUUCUGUAUUUUGUAACAUCAAGUUCUUUGUCUUGUGCCAUGGCCUGCUCCAGCUCACCCAGCUUCUGCACACAGCAUACUUUAAGAGCACCAUUACCACCAUCGAGAGACGCUUUGGCCUUGACAGUCUGUCUUCAGGAACCAUCUCAUCCCUUCAUGAGGUGGGGAACAUGGUGCUGAUAGUGUUUGUCAGCUAUCUUGGAAGUCGUGUCCAUCGACCUCGUCUUAUUGGGCUAGGAGGCCUGCUGAUGUCCAUUAGUGCCAUGAUACUGACAUUACCUCACUUCCUGUCUCCACCAUACACCUAUGACUCUGUCUUAAAAGACAGCAGGCAGGACAUGUGCAAUGUCCAUGCUCCUCGUCUCAAUGCAUCCUUAUGUGAUCAGAAGGACACCCAUAAGCUUAUGGACAAUACAAAGCUGUGGGUACUCAUGGCCAUGGCCCAAGUGCUGUUUGGAAUUGGCUCCGUCCCAAUUCAACCCUUUGGGAUCUCAUAUGUGGAUGAUUUCGCUGGGCCAGGCAACUCCCCUCUCUACAUCGCCAUACUGUUUGCCGUGUCUGUGUUUGGGCCUGCCUUUGGCUAUCUCCUAGGAUCUGUGGUACUGAGAAUCUACGUGGACGUAGACAGAGUAAAUGGAGCAGGGGCUCUGGAGUUGACUCCUAUCGACCCUCGCUGGGUCGGAGCUUGGUGGAUGGGUUUGCUGGUCUCAGCUGGGGGGAUGUUCCUCACCUCCAUCCCCUACUUUUUCUUUCCUAGGGCCAUGCAUGUGGAUAAUAGCAUUGCAAACAAGAGGGACAUUUUGAAAGACAGCCACAAGAGUUCUGACAUCUCCAUGCUGGAUUUCCUCAAAAUGUUCCCACGACUGUUUGUGAGGUUGUUGCUCAGUCCGCUCUUCUUGCUGCUGGUUUUGACCCAGUGCUGCUUCUCCUUCGUGAUGGCCGGACUAGCCACCUUCCUCAACAAGUUCCUGGAGAGGCAGUACGGCACCUCAGCAGCUUACAGCAGUCUUCUCAUAGGUGCUGUGAAUCUGCCUUCAGCAGCCAUUGGGAUGCUGUUGGGUGGUAUAAUAAUGAAACGAUGGGGCCUGUCACUUCGAGUCAUUCCACGUUUCUCUAUGGCAUUGCUCACCCUUUCCACAGUGUUGUGUGUUCCCCUGUUCUUCAUGGGCUGUUCCACUCAAACAGUCUCUGGGGUUUUUCCACCCAGUGGAUCCAAUGGGACUUUCGCCUGCAAUUACAACUGCUCAUGUCAGACGUCUGUUUACAAUCCAGUAUGUGGGAAUGACAACAUUGAAUACAUUUCCCCGUGCCAUGCAGGCUGCACCAGCUUUACAAAAGACCCCAAAAACAAAUUUCGCAUUCAGUCCUUCCGUAACUGCAGCUGUGUGAUGGGGGGCGCAGGCAUGGGUGGGGCACGUCCUGGUCCCUGUGCCAACAACUGCCCUCACCUCCUUCUGCCUGUUAUCUUCCUAAUCUCUAUAGCAGCCCUCAUUGCAAGCCUCACACACAACCCAAUCUACAUGAUGGUGCUCAGAACGGUGCCACAGGAGGAGAAAUCUUUUGCCAUAGGAAUUCAGUUCCUACUCAUGAGAGUUCUUGUGUGGCUACCAGCCCCUGCAGUUUUUGGGAUGACUAUUGACACUACCUGCAUUUGGUGGAAACGCAUCUGUGAGAAAAAUCUCAGCUGUGGUUACUAUGACAACAACCUCUUUAGAAACAGGUACAUUGGUUUACAAGUGUUGUUUAAAAUUACGGGCGUCGCCAUGCUGGGUCUGGUAGGCUGGAAGGUUGGAAGAACCAGAGACUACAGUCUGGAGAAAAAACCAGAGGGGCCGCUGUGAUGUUCCAGUCCCUCUGAGCACACUCAUUCUGUAGGAGAUGGGCAUAUUCAAGGAUCCAUUCAGCAAACCAGGCCAUUGACACCUUUUAUGACAUGUCCUCUUCAUUAUAGCCCUGCUACAAGAGCAUCUUGGUAAUGCAUGGAUGGAUGCUAUGAUACACUUUGCACUGACUUGCAAACAUAUCCUACAGAUGAACCUUUUUAAACCAUGAGACUUUGUGCCAGUGUUUCAUCUUUUCAUUUUAUGAACUGUUAGUUUAAUAUUCGUAAUAAUCACAUGAUACUACUAAAUUUUAGACAACAAAACAUUAUGCUGCUGGUUGAAAUGUUCUGGUUAUCCACUCAUGAAAAAGAAGAAUCCUGUACCUCUGUUCAGUCUGUAUUAAAUGUACUGAAUGUAUUAUGGUGGGCCCAUGAUUAAGAGGUUUCACCUUUCCUUUGGUGGAUAUGUGAAGAAUAACUGAAAUAUGUUACAAUAUGUUUUUUACACAUUUGUAGGUAUAUUGUCUAUAAUAGUGUUACUAUAUUUAAGAGGCCUAUAAUUGGUCAUGCAAUUUAAGCUUUUUUAAUCCUAAAAUGUUAGUGUUAUUGAUGCAUUAUUAGGAAAUGGGUGUCUUAAAUAUUUGUACUGUAAAUAUGUAUUUUUAUAUAUAAGUUAGGAAUGUUAUAUUCUAUAACCUUAAUUUUUUUCACAAAUAAUAAAAUAUUGCAAUCACAA